CUUCUGGAUGCUAAUGGCUUUAUGCAACCUGCAGUAUGGCCGACCCUGUGUCGGUAGCUGGCCUGGUGCUUGCCAUUCCACCGAUUGUCGGGAUGUUGAUGACCUACUACUCCGACACCAAAGAAGCGAAGGCGGACGUCCAGCAUCAUGCUGCUGAUCUCUUCUCUUUAAAAGGCAUCCUGGAAUACAUUGAGUCGGUUCGCGCGGGCCAAUCCGAAAAUGAUGUCUACAAAUACGACUCUUCGGACUUUGCACGUCUGUUGGAAGCUACCAGAGAAGCACUGCGAGACUUGCAAGCGUCGCUUAAGCCAAAAGCAUCGGCACUGGGACACCUGAUGCAACGGGUGACCUGGAGCCACAAGAAGAAAGAAGUACAAGAGCAGUUCACGAGAUUGGAGCGACUCAAAAGCGGUUUCAUGAUCACGAUGAUGGGGGACAGUCUGAACUACAAUCAAGCAAUUCUAUCCGAACUCUCACAGCUGAAACUGGACGUGUCUCAGGACCGGACAUCCCGCGAGGCUGAGAUCGCCAGAAACGACCAAGAAGCCUUGUUCAAAUGGCUUGCUCCCGUACGGCCGGAGUCCAUUCACGCCAAGGCGUACGAAACCCAUCAGCCGGAAACGGGAAUGUGGUUUCUUUACGGGCCACUCAAAGCCUUACAGGAAUGCCCUAACGACAACGCCAGGAUACUGUGGCUCCAGGGAAAAUCUGGCUCCGGGAAGACGACUCUCUUGGCAUGUGCUAUCGAACAUGUGAAAGCACAAUACCGCAAGACAGGUUCCGUUCGAGUCGCAUACUCUUACUGCUCCUUCAGUACAUUGGUAUCCCAGAGUCCGGUCAAUAUCCUGUCCGCCUUUCUUGUGCAACUAAGCGAGGGCAUUCCUUCGCUUUAUCAGGAGCUAUCUGCAACAUACAAGUCGUUGUCACAACAGCAAACAGAGUCCAAUGUGAAGCUCGGACAGCUGAAAGACAUAUUCCGGCGGCACACCGCAGGUUUGGAUCGCAUAUUCAUCUUCGUAGACGCGAUCAACGAGAGUCAGUCCUCUGAUCAAGUCGAGGAGAUGCUCUCGGACCUUGCUAAGUCGUGUCAAAAUGUGCGCUUAGUACUAUCAAGCACUUACAGCGUAAAACAAUCACGAAUCGAUGCAAAUGUCAUUUUUCGAGAGAGUCCUAUGGCCACCAAGACGGUGGGCCGCGAUAUACGCAUUUACGUCGAUAGCCAGAUUGCGGGCACCGCUACAUUGAGCGCAUUGAGUAGUGCCCUGAGACAAGAGAUUAGAGAGGCGAUACUGGACCGUUCGGAUGGCGUCUUCCGAUAUGCGUCAUCACAGAUCUCCCGUGUCAGUGCGCAGUUAACCGGCCGGGAUGUAAGAAAAGCAUUGGCCGACAUGCCACGCGACCUGAACGAGACGUACGAGCGCAUACUCAGCCAAUUCAACUCCGAACUCCCCCGUCAGAGAUGCUAUCAAAAGUACAUGCAGAGGGCACUCCUCUGGCUCUGCUACGCAACACGACCCCUCCGGCUUGAUGAGUUGAGUGAAGCCAUUGUAAUUGAAGAAGAAGACAUCGACUUGGAUAGCGACUCCAGACUUCAUGAUCCGUUUAUUCUCCUCUCUCUUGGCCAGGGCCUCCUUGAGUACGACAGAAAGAGAGAGCUUGUAUCGCUAGGGCAUUCGUCGAUCAAGACUUUUCUCACUUCGGCAGAAAUACGUCACAGCACCGUGGCCAACUUUGCGCUUGACGAAAAAGAGGCCCAUGGCGUAAUCAUGCGCACCUGCCUUACUUAUCUCGGCUUCAAAAUCUUCGAGACAAAAGCUAUCAGGCCCAUCAACUUCUAUCCCGAAUUGACCUCCCAGUAUCCAUUGCUGUCGUACGCAGCGUACAGCUGGACGCUACACAUCGUAGACGUUAGCAACGCUAGCUGGGACGUGAUCUCCGCAUUCCUAGCUACUAGGAGGUAUCCAAACGGUGGUAACUACGGCCUCUGGAUCCAAUUCAUAUCCAACGGCUCAUUUCCCCCCGACGUUAUUGAACAGACAUCACCGCUUUACUACGCCGCUUCCUUCGGUUUCGAUCGCCUUAUAUCGGUCAUCCUCGCCAACGAAACGCCCUUGGACCUCGAGCAACCGGGCGGACGGCAUGGCUCUACCGCGCUUCAGGUCGCCUGCUUCCGCCAGCAUCACCAAGCCGCCAAGCUGCUCCUCGAAGCAGGCGCAAAUCCGCUUCCGACCAACCCUCCGGGCCACGGCGAAGGGAUUUUCUACUGUCUUUUCUGGGCCAAAGAGAACGGGUGGGACGACCUGGUACAGUUAAUGGCAGAACGCAUCAACAGCGGUACAAUCCCGCUGCCCGAAGGGCAAUGGAUGAUAUAUAUCCGUCAGCUAGCCAGCCACUUCCAGAAGUCAGCCUUCGAAGACGUGAAGCAUCUCCGCGAAACGCUCGCCCCGCUUUGGUUCCGCAUUGAGGUGCCGGGGCGCGGCUUGAGCGCGGAGGCCUUGGAGGAAUGGGUGCGUGGGGCUUUUGUGGAGCUGCAUGAUUGCGAAGGCUCGGUUGUGGGCAGGGAGGGCAGUUCUUUCGUGUUUGAUGUCCCGCGACGCUUAAGUCAGGAGGAGUUUUUGGAACUGGAGGAGCUUAGAAUUGGCUAUAGGAGGACCACGAACACCAGGCGCGCUGAUACGUCGAAUGAGGGGCAUGCCUAGGUACGCCUACCGUCGCGAACGGCGACAUCGUCUGUGGCACGGCGGUCAUAAGGUGCAUGUCAGGAUCGUGCUUUUUAUACAUUUUAUAGACUUUAUGGGCUUCCUGGACAUCUCGAAGCCGGACUCUGACGUUUCACCAAGAUGAGAUCUCCGGGCGAGGCUUCUCUGCAUCGUUUAUAUCUUAGUCAGUAUUGGGCCUAGUACCACAACCAUACUCUAUCU